GAAAAGCCUCCACUGUAUCUGGAAGCCCUCUCCUUCGUGGGCCGUCGGCUGUUUCUCGGGUGACAACGGUCGUUGGGCUCGUGUUUAUGGCCACUGUCGCAACAGUUUGGCCAGUACAUCCGCACAUUCCAGUUCCUGUACGACGUUGCACGUUAACGGUAUCGGUAUCGUAUUGAAAGCGGAUAGUUUCCCCGUUGGCUAGCAAUACAUUGGCGGCGGUCGCCCGAGCGCGCACAACAAGUGACGAUUCCGAAUUCCAAUACGUUUUUGAAAAGUGUUCUGCAACGAAUCGAGGUUCUCUAAAAGCGCCAUUCGCAGUUUAAAAAGAAAAGAUAAUCUGGAUAGAAUAUUCAAAUUACAACAGUGGGAUACGUGGCUUUUGCAUAAUAUUAAACAAACAAUUUAAUGAACGUAAACCAUCAAUGAAUGCAAAUAGACGAAGAAACUGAAGCACAAACUUCCGGCAAUUUCGUGGCAUAAAAUGUUUGCGACCAAUAUCCGUUUGGUUGCUCAUGCUGCUGUAGACGUUGUGGUUGGGGAUCCCUAAGCCCCCAGCCAGGAGCCAGCCAGGAGCACAGUCGACUCCAGUUCUUCGAGCUAUUUGUCGUUGGCCCGCACCUGGUACCUGGUACCUGGUACCUAUUUCCGGUGCUGUCGUUUCCGCCAUUUUACAUUUGCAAUUCGAAUUGGCGCGUGAACGUUUUUUUUCUCAUUUUGGUUGCAUACUCGUAUGCGUGGGCUAAUUAGCAUGCGGCAUUGCCGACGACAACAACGGCAGCAGCUAGACCCGCAAUCAGAGUAGAGUACACAAAAGGACUAAUAACCCGCGUUGGGCUGAGACCAUGGAGGAGGAUGUGUAUGCCUCGCUGGGUUCCUACAACGACAGCGGCGGCGACGGUGGAUGGAGCAGUGCGGAGACCAGUGUGGAGCAGCUGCAGAACCUGCUGCUCUGGGAGGACGGGAGGAACCUCAGCCAGCAGCCCAAUCAGCAGCGGUGGAAUGCCAGCAAUUCCACCGGAGAGCCAAAGCCCAUUGAUGAAUCCCCGUUCGACGCCAACAACUACUGGGCCCUCCUCGCCCUCGUGCUGGUCCUGGGCACAGCUGCCGGCAACAUUCUGGUCUGCCUGGCCAUCGCCUGGGAGCGGCGUCUGCAGAAUGUGACAAACUACUUUUUAAUGUCGUUGGCCAUCACGGAUCUGAUGGUCGCUAUGCUGGUGAUGCCGCUGGGCAUUCUGACCCUGGUGAAAGGAUACUUUCCCUUGGGGUCCGAGCACUGUUUGACCUGGAUCUGCCUGGAUGUCCUUUUCUGCACGGCCAGCAUAAUGCAUCUGUGCACCAUCUCCGUGGACCGUUAUUUAUCGCUCCGUUACCCGAUGAGAUUUGGUCGGAAUAAAACGCGGCGAAGAGUCACUCUUAAAAUUGUUUUUGUAUGGCUGUUGAGUAUUGCCAUGAGUUUACCAUUGAGCUUGAUGUAUUCCAAGAAUCAUGCCUCAGUGCUGGUGAAUGGGACUUGCCAGAUACCGGAUCCGGUUUACAAGCUCGUCGGGUCCAUUGUUUGCUUCUACAUUCCGCUGGGCGUGAUGCUGCUGACAUAUUGUCUGACCGUGCGACUGCUGGCCCGGCAGCGCCAGAACUUGGGCGGUGGCCAUCAGACGGCAGCCGCCACACCCGGCUGGGCCAGCGGGUGGUUGGGACAGACUCCAGCCUUGGAACGGCGGUGCACUUGGCGUCGUCUGCUAAAGCCGGGUCCAGGCCAAGCCUCCUCCGUGCUGCACGCCCACUCGGCCAAUUCAACGGAUACGGAUCUUAGCACCUUGGACAAUCAUGAGCUCUGGCUACCCGACUCCAGCAUCAAGGAACCCACGCCCACAACAAUGACAGCAUUGCAUCAAUUCGGAGCCGAGAUGCUGAAGCUCUCCCGAGGCCUCGAGUCAGUGGGCUCCUCAUCCACCACAGGAUCGCCCACCAAGUCCGAGUUUUCCAUAUCGAACCACCUGCAGUUCCCCAGCAGCCCCCAGCGCUAUGCAACCCAUAAUCAGUUGCCGCAUCCCCAGCAUCUCCAUGGAAGCGUCUACCACCAACAGACCUCGCCCAAGAGUCGGCACGGAACCACAAUUCUGGGACUGUCAACCACAACCCUGGGAAUAGAGCGAGAAAGCACCCGGAACUCCUUGGCUAGCAGCCGACUCGGAGGAGACCAGAGCGACGGCACUCUCUCCCAGCUUUCGCAACGCCUGCGAGCCUACAAGCAUCGUCGUCGGGCUUCGUCAGCAGUUCCGGGACGCGAACGCCGCGCAGGCAUCGACGACGCGCAUGAGGAUCCGGACACCCCAACAACGACGCUGAGGCGCCACAAACGGCACAACAGUUUGCCCAAGAAUGCGCUCUACACAAGACACACCACCGUACAGGAGAGCAUCGAUGACGACGAUGUCGGAGAAGAGUCAGUCGAUGUCAUGGCGCACCGUGAUCAGCAGUCGAGGUCAACUGCGAAUGGCAAGGGCUGUCACUCGGAUACCGAGUUAGAUCCACCGCAGGUGAAGCAGUGCCACACUGGCGUCGGUGGCCAAAGCCAACUGUCGGACUACAUGCAGCUGCCCUCGGUAUGCACGUGUCCCUACUUUGGAGAUCGGCCGCUGCAGAACUGUGUGAAGACGGCCGAGGUGAAGAUAAUUUCAUCAACCUUUCGGGUGACCACGACGACAACGGCGGUGAGUAGUUCCCCAAGUGAAAUGGAACUGCUCCUUUGUAGCAGCGGAAAUAAAAAGGCCCUGACCUCCAGUGUGAGUGAGGGCAUAACGGGACCAGGUGGCACUGCAGUAUGCGGUGGAGGAGCCGCCCCGCCCUCUGGCAGCACAACCCUUAGUCCGCACUCUACCCAGAACCAAAGCAGCUCCCUGACGGUCCAGAGCGAUGGAAGCGGCUACCUAGCUGCUCCCGGAACCCCCUGCCCUGGAAGACGCAAGCUGAGUAUCUCGAAAACUGCUUCGGUGGUCACUUGGGACGCCAGUCGCCAUCGCCGGCGGGGAAGCAGCUUCGGAGGAGUCCGAACUUCACUGCUACUGACUCCGACCAAGACGGCCGCAGCGUCCACUGCAUCUACGCCAUUGAGGCGCUCGGCCACGUUGCGCAGCCACCAGAAUAUGAAUUACCAGGCUGGGACGGAGGGCGGAGGAGGCGGCGGAGGCAGCAAGACUAGGGCGACCACAUCUUCACCAUGCAUGCUGCAGCGGCAGCAGACUGUUCGCUCUCACCAUUCCAGAAACUCCAGUGUGAUCUCGAGGAACUCGUCGCGUCACGGCAGGAUCAUUCGGCUGGAACAGAAGGCCACCAAGGUCCUCGGCGUCGUUUUCUUCACAUUCGUCAUUCUGUGGUCCCCCUUCUUCGUGCUCAACCUAUUACCCACGGUGUGCGCUGAGUGUGAGGAGAGAAUCAGCCACUGGGUCUUUGACGUAGUCACCUGGCUGGGCUAUGCCAGCUCCAUGGUCAACCCCAUAUUCUACACCAUCUUCAACAAAGUCUUCAGGCAGGCAUUCAAGAAGGUCCUACUGUGCCGCUACUCCAGCACGAGCGCGUGGAGACCGAGCAGAUAGCAGACGCCAGUUAAGCCUGGCAAACUCAAGAAGAAGCCCCAGAAAUGCCCCAGCGUGGACUUCCAGGAUUCCAUUGCAUUGCAGCCGCCAGAAGGACGCCAGCGGCCAGUCCCUGCCGGAGUCGCCAAGAGAAAAGGGGCAAUGGGAAGCAACAGAUAAACCCGCAAACAGAGAAAGAGCGCUGUGCGGCAUCCCAGUCCAUUUUGCCUGCGGUCCACCGCACAACGUGUCGUAUACCCAAUUUGUUGGUCGCUCCACAUGUCCUCAUCCCAGUGUUUAGCGUGUGCGUGACCGAAUGUCCUCAAGGCUUAAGCGCCUUUGUGGCUCUAAUUAAUUUCAAAUUCAAUUUGCAUACCGAAGACACAUGUCUGGUCAUUCCAAUUGCGGGUAUACUGAAAACUAAAUUUGUCUUGAAUAAUGCCUUGAAUGUGGCAAAUAGUAAUUUAAUCCCAUUCAUUUUAAAGUUUCUGUUCUGCUCUCUGUUCCCAUUUGGGACAAGUGUAGACAGAAAAUCCAUUUCUUCCUUUCGAUAAAGCUAACAGAGGGAGAAUCAGCAACGGGUAAUCCCACCAGAUCCAUUGUGAUCAGAUCAUUAUUAUCCAUGCAAGAUGAUGAAAAAUAUGUAUCCCAGCGUUGACUCUGCCUCUCCUUCUUGUGCACAAUUCAUGGCUUUUACGUGUUUUGAUAGUUUCAUAGAUUUUCAUAAAUGCAUACAUAUGUAUGUAUGUAUAUUGAAACUGUGUUGUGCGUAUCUUUAACGCACGAGUUCCCGAAAGAAACCCUUCCAGCUCGUUUAAUAAAUAUUUACAUAUUUACGAGUAUUUUUUUACACAGGAAAACUCCCUUCGAGUUGUGAUAUUCGAUAGAAAUACGCAAUUAUGCAGUGAAUUUAUGUGAAGUUUGCCAUCCGCAAAAUGCACGAGAAUUUUAUAAAAAAUCAUUUAAGGAACCGACACGUACACAAAUCCAGGAGAAUUUGUGACUUUUCUUGUUUGUUCGUGUGCUUGAUGGCGAUGUGGCUUGUGUUGUUGUUUUUUGGCUUAGCAGAUUGCUAUUUUUAUUUGAAAAGUUCAUUCAUUUUGUUUUAUUUCUGUGGGCAAAUGAAAAAUUUCAGCUGGUCACGUAAGAGCUUGACCGGACCCUGGAGACGGUCAGGAUGCGGGUCGGUGGUCGGUAGCCAUAGCCAUAGCCAUAGGCAUAGCCGUAGCCGUAGCCGAAGCAGAUGCUUAAAAGACAUCAAACAACAACAGGAUAACAACAGCAAUAAUAAUAGCCAUUGGGAUGAAAGUUUUCAAUUCUUUUCCCCAAGUUUAAAGCGCCAUAUCGCCAGGCGGCUGCAAAGUACCCAAGGAAGCGCAGAGGAAGAGACGAACAGAGAAGUGGCCUGUGAGAGGAAGAUGAUGCGUAAUGACGCCAUUAGUGGCAGCCACUCAAAGAUGCUGUCGCGACACCUCACAAUGCCAAAAAAUUUGUACAUUUUUUACUGACAAAUUUUUAGCGCCUCAACUUCUAUCCAUGCCCGUACAGCAGAAGGCCCUGCAAUGCCGAGCACAGACAUGAGGAAGCUCUGGCGGCACUUUGAAAUUUAUAGCAAUUUUAUCGCCAGCGGAAAUAUUUUUUCCACUUCAUUGAAUCAAUGGUGAAUCAGGUCCCUGUUGGGCUGGCCGUCGGUGGAGUGAGUCUGUGGUUCGCAAAGUUUCACACCCAUGGAACUUCAUUGAACUUUAAUAGCAGGCCUCAGGGCAAACAACAAAGACAGUCGAUGGCCCGGGCGCAAACGGGAGGGGUUUUCCCCCUUCCUUUUCCUUUUCCCCAUCCGCUUUUUUGCCACAUAUGUUCUUUAAAUGUACAUACUCCUAUAAGGACUAUCUCAAUACCCUAAAAAGUACAAAAGUACUGAAGGUGCCUGCGACAUCUUUAAAACAUUCCGACCAUCAAAUUUCUUCACAAUAAAUUUUCCUGGAAACCUGCACUCGCUCCUAGUUUACCGAGCUCUAUAGGCUUACGAAUUUCCAUAUUGAUGUUCCCGGCCAGAAAUCUUUGUGAAAUAUUUUGUCUUAUUAAAAAGUUGGCAGCUUGCAACUUCUCUGGCAGGAAAAAUAUUUUACCACAAGCAAAAGAUCAAUGUUUAAUGAUAAUAUAAGAAUACUCAGUCAUUGCAACAAAAUAAACGUUUUAUGCAGAAAAUAUUCAACAAUAAUGUUAGAUAAAUACGAAUUUAAAGCAAGACAGAAAAUGGAAAAUACUAUGUGCUUCGAGUGUUGCUUGAAUUUAUUUUUUAACAUUGUCUAUUGUAUAAGUAAAAUGUAGCUUACUGUAAAAUUACUGAUAUAUUUUAGAUUGAUCGUUGAUCUGUGUAUGUAUAAUACCUAUAAGUCAAAAAGGGGAGCAUUGUGACAAAACGCUUUUACCAGUAGUCCUAGAUAUAACGAACAGCACCCAAAUACGAACUGUUCAACUGUACGAGUCUCUAUAACCGAAAACUGAGCUUUUUGACAAGCCAAGUACUGUAUAUACCAUAUUUCACGUGACUACAAUAACACCCUAGGUCAUAAUAGUUGUGUUUAAUUCGUGUAUAGUUUAAGUUUAAGAGUUUAGAAUCAAAGAGCCUAUCCAGCCUUGUCCUGACUAGAUUAUAUUUUAGUGAAGAUUGAAUGAGGUGAUAUAUGAUUAGAUAGUAGAUGGAUGUAUCUGAUAGAGAGCUGAUAUCAAUGUAUGCACUGUACUGUAGGUUCCCAGCUAGAACAGCUAUUAUUCUAUAUACCACCAGCAGAACAAGCGUUAAAUCAGAGUAUUUUCUUUUGAUUCAAAGGUUUCCACGUCCCUGAAGCGAGUUUUGAUGAUAUAUUUUCGAACUUGUAAACAUUUUUAAAGAUACAAAAGAAAUGGCUCAAAUUGUUACUGAUUUUAGCUAUGUAAAGCUAUAUGUUUAGCUAUAGAAGCCGGAAAAAUUAAAAUUUCAUUCACCGUAGCAAAAACAGACGGGUAAAUAAAGAUAAUCAGAAGAAAUCUAAACACUCCAAAGCGACAUAUCCCCAUAUAAAUGUGUAUUUUACGAUAGCCAUAGCGAGUCCUUCCUAAACUAAGUCAAAGACACUGAAACGUAGAUAAAUAAAUAUGUGAAACAUAUUAGCUAUAGUGUAUUAUGCUUUAUAUGAAUGUAUUCCGAUUGUUUAUGAUUUGUAUUAAAUGUCUAUUACAUCAGA